CUGUCAAGUUAUAAUGCCUAAUUAUAUGUACAGUGCCCAAAAUUUACACUUGCCACUGGCAAGUGAAAAUUUGGCCCUUGCAAGUAAAAAUUCACCCCUAAUGAGUGGACUCUCUUGCUGUGUCAGGUAACUUUUAAGGCCUGGCUAGUAGUGUAGAACUUUUAAAUUUCAAGCCCUUAAUAAAGAAAGACAUUUUAAUUUAAUUUUUUUUUAUUAUUAUAGGAAAGUACAUAGCAGCCACUCAGCGCCCUGAUGGUACCUGGAGGAAGCAAAGAAAGGUGAAAGAGGGUUAUGUGCCCCAAGAAGAGGUUCCUGUGUAUGUAUUUUUGCUAUUUCUGUUAUUGCAAUCUAUCCUGCUAUUGGAUCUGAAAAGGAAUCAUUCUAAGUACAGUGUUCUAUAUGUGGAAAAUGGAACAAAAGCAUAUAUUUUAUUAAGUUGCCAAAAUCUACAUGAAAAUAUUUAUGUUAACAGAAAUGUCAGACGAUUUAAUUUUUUAGUUUUUUUUUUUUAUUAUUAUUGUGUACCCUUAACAUAGUAAUGGUCUCCAAUACAUUGGCGCCAAAUAGAUCUAAGAUCUAAGCACUCAAUGGCUAAUCCAGUGCAGGCUUUAUUAGGCAACGUUUCAACUCCAAUGAGUCUUUAUCAAGCCAUAAUCUAACCUUAAUUUAUUAUUAUGUCUUGAUAAAGACUAGUUGGAGUCAAAACAUUGCCAGUUCAUAUCCAAUAGCCUGCACUGGGUAGAGUACCUGAAUCUUUGUUUCUACUGUACUUAGUAUUUGAGGUUUUACCACCUUCAUCUGUGAGUUAUCUAGGGAGGAUUCCAAAAAAAUACACCUGUGAAUUCUGUUCAAUCAAUUGUUAGUGUAACUGACUGUUUUCUCCCGUAUUCUACUGACUCACAAUGCUUAGAUAAAAAAACAAUGAGACCCAUUUCUUUUCUGAAACCUUCUUGAAACAAGGAAAACUAAAUAAAGUUUAAAACACAGAAUUUUUACUACAAAAAAAAAAGCUUUAAGAUAACAUAUCCAAUGCUUGAUACAGUCAACCGUGUAAUGUUAAAGAAAAUCAUUCACACACAUAUACAGGAAACUCUGGAACACAAUCUUGCUAAUAUUCUCUGUUACCUUGGAGGGGACUGAAAUACAAGGGGAUUAAAAUUAAACUGCUGAAUACAUGUAUUGUUUAGCUUGUUCUCAUUUCUUGCACAGAACAGAUUGCAAAACGUCACCUGAUCUGUUUUGCUUUCUUACAGUUACGAAAAUAAAUAUGUAAAGUUCUUCAAAAGUAAACCUUCGCUGCCCCCUGGAAUGAACCCCUCUGAAGCUCCUGCAAGCAAAACUCAACAGUCCACAAAACCAGAUAAUGACACCACCUUAUCCAAGACCGCCAAACGAAAUAUGAAGCGCAAAGAGAAAAGAAAGCAGGACAAAGGCGAGCGUGAUCCAGUAGAAGAGGCCCAGCAGGAGUUAGAAAGGGUCAACAUUUUGGAAACACCAGUGCAGAAGGACAAAGAAACAAGCAAUGAGAAUCAAGCAGCUGAGAAGACCAAGAAAAUAAAAAACCUGCGGAAGAAGCUUCGUCAAGUGGAGGAUCUACAGCAGAAAAUAGACUCUGGGGAGAUCAAGCAGCCAUCCAAAGAGCAACUAGAAAAACUAGGACGGAGGAAAGCACUAGAGGAGGAGUUGGAGGACCUGGAGCUGGACUUGUAGGGUGUUGCAGCUUGGCCUUUGUGUUCGAACAAAGAACAUAUUAAGUCUUUUUCUGUUUUCUUUGUAUUUCAUUCACUUAUCGUCCGGUGCAGUUUUACAAUUCUAACAUUUUUUGUCAUAUGGGUUCACCUAGCAAGCCAUAAAUCCUGCCUUCCCAAUGGUUUACCACUCACUGAACUAGACUGAUGAACUACAGCUGCUGUAAAGUAUAAUUUAAGACAGAUUUUAGAAUUGUGGCCCAUGUUUGACGAGUACAGUACCAGAAGACUUCUCUACCAUGUACUUUGAAAUGAGAUCAAGAACAUAAUUUAUUUGCACCAAAAAGGAGUCUUCUAGAAGACUGGUUUACCUGUGCAAUCAUGCCUUGUCCCUAUUCACGGUUCUUUAAGCAAUGUUAAUUGGUUGUAAGAGUCCUAUGUUAGCAAGCUGGAGAUCAUGAAAUUGUUGACACUUUUUUUGUACACAAGUAUAAGGUAUAAAUGCAAUAAUGAAUUCAGUUUAAAUCUAUACAGAUAUAUUAACCAUGCCAAAAAUAGGAUUGAUCUCAAUCCUGUUAUUUGCUAGGUAUAUUCAGUCAUGUGUUGCACUCUGUAUGACACAGAUCUGCAAUGCUUGAAUAGUAGGAAUACUAAUGCAUUUAUUUUAAUUCUUACCGUCUCAGGGGACUAGGCUAAAUCAUCUAACACCUAAAGUGUUUAAGGCAGGCAUCUCAAACUUUUGCUCCAUAUGUCGCUGGCCUACAGCUCCCAGAAUUCUUUAAAUGCAAUAGAUUGCCUGAGAAUCGUGGGCGUUGUAGUUCAGCAACAUCCUUGGGGCUGGAGUUUGAGAUGUCUGAUUAAAGACAUUGUAUAUUAUCAUGAUCAAGGGUAGGUGUUUUGUGAUGCCAGUGCAAAUUAAUAUCAGAUAUAUUUGUGUGAAAAUUAUGUUUGCACACAACCUGCCCUUCUCCUGUCUAGAAGUAUAUGUGUUUGAGUGAGCAGGGCUCCAUUUAUCUGUUGUAUGAGUGGCUGUCCUCUUUCUCUGUGUCAGGUAGGAGAUAAGUUGAUGUUUUUCACAUCACUAUGUAGAAGACACUAGAAUGAACAAUGUAUGUAUCUUCUACACAUUAUUACUUAACAAGAUGACGUUUGUUCUAAGCAGAGCAAUCAAAAAGAAUGGAAUCUGGGAUUUGUUUGAUAGUCAUCUUAGUAGAAGUAAACAUAAGAAAAUUUUAGUGUUUGUGUAUGCUAAAUGUUUAAGCAUUAGCUUUCAUCUCUAGUGUCGGUUUUACAUAACAGCUAAAAUGCAGGGUUUUAAAACAUGACUACACAUUUCCAGUUCGCUAUAUAUAAGUAAUAUCUAAACCUGGAUUAAACCUCACUCUGUUUUUAUUUUUUGUAGCAGGCUAGUGUCAGACAUAAUGGUUACAAAAGAGUAAAGAAAGUGAGCUUUCUGAAAAUGAUUUUUAAUUUUAUUUUGAAUAUUGUGGCAAGCAUUAGUAUCAGUAUCACGGGGGUUACUCAUUAAACAGUGAACUAAAAAGUGGAUAGCAAAAUUAAAACCAAAAUGGAAAAUAAUAAAUCCACUCCAGCUAUUUAAGCCUAAAAUUUGCUAUUUUUUUUUUUUUUUUAUUAUUAUUAUUUACUGUUUGGUGAAUAAACCCUUUGUGUGCAUGCGAUUGGCUGUAGCCCCUGAUUUAAUAAUGUUGGGGAAUAUUUGUAACAGUUGAUGCCAGCUACAACCCCAAUCAAAUAAUUAAGAAAAAUAGGACAGGUUUUUGUUUAAUCUGUCUGCACAGAACCUCAUUCAUGACAUCCAUGUGGACUACUGUAAUGAACUAGUGGCACUUGGUGAUUUCACAAAUUAGGAUGACACUGCAUGGCUGCCUGCUGUCAUUUGGUAAUAAAAUUCAUGUAAUGUAUAAAUUGAUCUGACCUGAAUGAGUCUGAAAACCGAAGUACCAAAUUAUCUUUAAGGCCAGGUUUGUACAGCAUUUGGGAGAAAUAUUGAAAUCGUCUGAGACAGUUGCCUUGUGUCCUUCGAAUGUUUGUUACGACCUAUAACUUUUCUGUUGAAAAAAUUGAAGGGAACUUUAAUUUGACUCUUCCUAAGUGGUUAGGCCAUUAUUCAGUUGAAUUAUUAAUGUUGGAAAAAACACGUUUGUUUGAGUAAAGUUUUGCCAACUUCAUCAGAUUACAUGGACUUUUAAAUAAACCUUCCCUUACCCUGUAAGAUUUAUGAAUUAUCAAUUGCAAGGUGUUAUCACUGGUGUAACAACUAAUUUUGUUACUCCCUCCAUCAUUGUUUCGUUUCUCAGUUUGUAUUGCUUGCUUGAAUUAUAAAAAUUGUGUGUAAUAUGUAAAACAAAAUAAUUUACAUAUUUUCACAGCUACAUGGGGCAGCCAUCUUAUAUAAUUUUUUUAGUUGGAAGUAGUGAACUUCAAAUGGUGCUUCCAAUUAAAGAGUACUUUAAGAUGGCCUCCCCCUGUGUAUUGAGGGUAAGCCAGGAGAUGCACUGAAUAGAGGUCUUAACGUAUAUUUAUGCAAGAUACAAAAUAGUAUACAACAUUUUAAUAUUGUAUUUCUUAAAAUGAAAUAAGAUUACAGUUUUCAUUUAAAUGGAGUAACAGAACGGUGGCAAUGUUUAAGGAUUCAAGGGCAGGAUAGCUGCAGUUUGUCUAGCAAAGGAUCAUGGGAGUUAUAGAUUAUGGGCAUCAAACCAUUAGUUCGCCUACCCUUUGAGAAAUGAGUGACUGUUCUUUCUAUACUGAGUACACAAAUCAACAAUACUAAAACAUGCAGAAAUUAAUUUAGGAGGUAAGGUUUGGGUAAAAACAAGUCAUUUUACAAAUGCCAUUUAAAUAUAAUUGUACAUGCAUUUUUGAACGAACUCUACAGUAAGGAAUGUAACACGGUUUGAGAAAGCUGUAAAAGUAGUGUAUACAUUUAUGUACAUGUAUAAGUGGCUUAGGAUGACUAAAAUAUUUGUCUAGUAUCUUAGGUUUGUGCAGCGCUUACUUUUACAACAGCAUCAUCUCUAUCCUUCACUCGUCCUGUACUGUGGGGGAGGCAAAUACAUACAUUUCUGUCAUUAUUUAAACUCGUACACUGUUCUAUAUACUUUUUUUUUAAUAAAAAUGUAGAUUUAAUAAAAUGCCUUGUUGCAUUGUGCAGUUGUUUGAAUGCUCUCUAAACCAUAGUACUACAUUAAGAGAAUCAUUACAUACAUUGUUUAUGCAUUAACUAGGUUGCCAGAACAAACAUGUUUGUUUGGUUUUUUUUUUUUGGUUUUUUUUUAAAUGUUCAUACUGACUUGUUGUUAGCAAACACAAUAUGCUGUUGUAUGUAGAAUUUAUAUGCUGCAGAAGGGAAUAUUAAGGCAUUUUGAUUGAAAGUCCUUCUUAUUUGAUUUCCUACCUUUGGCAUACUUGUGUUAAGAAACAAAACUCUAAACAUAACUGUGAUCUAUGUCUGGAGUGGCACUUUAAAAGUAUAUUUGUCAUGUUCUGUG